AUGCAUUACGACUCGGUGGAUGUGACUGCUGCUGGGAGUAUGACGGACUGCCCUGGACUGCUGCUCUGGGAGUCACGUGCGGUCACUGCUGGCAACAGCCCAUCACCCGGGCAGUGCUUUCCGGCCAAGUGCCGGCCGGAGCUCGGGGCGGCGAUGGUGCUGGCAGGGAACACGAGCGGAUGUGCCCCUCAGCUGACGCCCCGGCCUGCCCUGGGACCCAUUUGCACGUUACUUAGGGGCUCGUUACUUAGGGGCUCGGAAACCCUAAAGCGCAGAGUUGCUUUUGGUGCUACACGUGACGAUCAGACAGCCAAAUUUGUGAGUUCAAAACCAUACCCAGGAGCAGCUGCUUUUGCGGAAGAGCUGGGCGUGAGGACGAAGCCCUAA